GGUUCCAUCAGGGCGGCUUCUUGUACCUGGCCGUGACGCAGCUGCGAGUAGAGCUUAAGCAGCAUGUUAAUACCGGCGUGCGCCGCGCGCUCGGAGGGCUGCUCGCUACACCUCGAUUCUAUCGACGACGACAUGCUGCAGCUCGUGCUCUCCUUCGUGGACGAGCCGAGCGACUGGGCUCACGCCGCCGCGGCGUCCCGGUCGAUGCGAGAGGCGGCCAGCCUGUCCAACUGGCAGCGUCGCCUCCGGCUGCACUUUGGCGUCGACGUCGACCCAUCGGGGCUUGGCCUGCGGCCCGGCGACCACCCGCCGUUUAGCGAGUUCCGCGGGCUGUGGCGCGCCUACUACGACGGCGGGUGGACGCCGCUCCGCGUGGACCACCGGCUGCUGCGCCACCUCACCUGGCACGCGCUCAAACAGCAGCACGAGUUCGGCAAAGCGCCCGUCGCCCACAGGGUCGAGGUGUCGGACGGCGCGGCCGACUCGGACGACAGCGAGGGGGAGGAGGCGUGGCCGGCCGAGGCGCGGCGCGGUCUCCGCUCGGCGUGGCUGCUACAGGCGGCGGCGUGCGCGCUGGACCCGCUCUGGCUGACGCAGAACGCGCCGGGCUCGAAGGCUGCCGCCGCAGUCUGCACGGGCGCAGUGUUGCUCGACUGCCAGGCCCCCUACCCCACACCCCCCCCCCCCCCCUCUGACCCGCCUCCCCCUCUGGUUGCCCUCCAGGCUUGUGCCAUGUCGCUCUCCUCGCCGUCACCGCCCGCGUGGCUGCGCGCUGCGAGGCACAGCGCGCGCCGGCCACCCCUCGCGGUCGAGAUGCGCCGAGGUUGAGCCGAGAUUGCAACCUCGCGUAGGAGCACGACGAGCUCUCCUCCCUCUGGGCGCCCGCCAUCGACCGCGGGCCUGCACAUCUCCCCCGUAUCUCCCCGUAUCUCCCCGGCUCUCCCCCUCUCUCAGGCGCCCGCCAUCGACCGCGGACUAGUGCCGCAGACUCUGCAGACCAUGCAAACGCCGUCGCUCGGCUCGGCGGUCGCGUCUCGCCUCUUCCCGCUCGGCCCGCACGCCCGCCGCCCCCGCGCCUGCCACCCUUACCUCCCCAGCGGCCCUGCCGCCUCACCACCGCCCCUUGUCUUGACGCGCAGUGGCGCGGAGCCCGACCGCAUCGGCGGCGAAGAUGCUUGCGCCGACCACGCUCUCCGUGCUCAAGACCAUCUGGCCCAGCACGCCCGUGAACAACACCGCCCCCGCCGCCGCGGCGGGGGACGCAGCCGCCGCGUAGGCUUUGGCCGCUGCGUCGGGCUGGUGAAGGGAUAAGGGGGGGUGGGGGGGGGGCUGCGGCGCCGCGCAACCCGCCCACAAGGGAGCGGCGUGGAGCCGGCGCGCAGGUGUGCAAUUAGCCUGGCCGUGGGGAGUCUCUGGGGCGACACGCGAGCACGGUAGGAUAGAGGACACCGCUCGCUGUGCACACCAGUGGCAGUGGGUCGUGCGCCGAUCAGGCUCGCCAUGGUGUGCCGUCUCUAGUCUCUCGUGCAUGGAGUCUAGUCGUGUGUUGUGACGAUUGAGUCGCUGUGAGCGCCGCUGGGCAGAGCAAUGUGUCUCAGAUAUCUCUAGGUUUUACGUCGUGUGCUCUCUAAACUACUAAAGUUCCUU